AUGAACAGCAACUCACCUUUAAAAGCAAGCGGAUUUGGUAUCCUAUCCGGCGAACAAUAUGUUUACCAGGCCAACGUCGCCUCGGGAUAUAGCAACAACAAAUCCGAUGCAACAUCCUUCAAGAUGUGGAGAAGAGAGGGCAUCACGGCGGGACAAUCCUGGAUCAUCCACGGUAUCACCAUCAACGCGCAACCGUUCAAUAUCAUGGGCUUCUACGGAGAUCUUGAAAACUUCACCGUGGAUGUAGCCGAUUACAAGCAGGUGGGCGCCUUCUACACGCAGACAGAAAGCCUGCAGAUUUAUCCAAACAGCUACGUCCGCAAUGUGUUCUACCACUCUGGGGGUGAUACCAUCAAGGCCUACUAUUCGAAUGUCCGCGCCGAGCGAAUCGUGGUGUGGAAAACGAACAAUGCCCCGGUUAACUAG